CGCGCGCGCUCGUGCGCUCGCUCGUGCCAGUCGCGCGCUGCUCGCCUCGGACCAUGUUGCAGCAGCAGCAGCCCCUCGCGGCCGGCGGGCCGGCUAACGGCCGGGGACUCGGCGUGAGCGGCCACCCCGGGAUGCACGCCCUCAGCUCGGCUCACCAGCCCCCGCAGCGCCGGUCCGAUGGAGCGGAGCCGGGCCUGGAAGGCACUGAGAACGGACACGAGAGCCGCAGAGACAUCGGGGACAUCCUGCAGCAGAUCAUGACCAUCACGGACCAGAGUCUGGACGAGGCUCAGGCCAAGAAACAUGCUCUCAACGUCCACCGCAUGAAGCCGGCUCUGUUCAGCGUCCUGUGUGACAUCAAGGACAAGACAGGUCUGUCCACGAGGGGCGCCCAGGAGGACGAGCCUCAGGACCCCCAGCUGGUGCGUCUGGACAACAUGCUGCUGGCGGAGGGCGUGGCCGGGCCGGAGAAAGGGGGCGGGGCCGCGGCCGCCGUGUCGGCCGCCACCGGCUCGGGGGGGAUGUCCCCCGACAGCUCGCUGGAGCAGUCCGACUACCGGAGCAAGCUGGGCCAGAUCCGCAGCAUCUACCACUCCGAGCUGGACAAGUACGAGCAGGCCUGCACCGAGUUCACCACCCACGUGAUGAACCUGCUGAGGGAGCAGUCCCGGACCCGGCCCGUCACGCCGCGCGAGAUCGAGCGCAUGGUGGCCAUCAUCCACCGCAAGUUCAGCUCCAUCCAGACCCAGCUGAAGCAGAGCACCUGCGAGGCCGUCAUGAUCCUGCGGUCCCGCUUCCUGGACGCCAGGCGUAAGAGACGGAACUUCAGCAAGCAGGCCACCGAGGUCCUGAACCAGUACUUCUACUCCCACCUGUCCAACCCCUACCCCAGCGAGGACGCCAAGGAGGAGCUGGCCAAGCAGUGCGGCAUCACCGUGUCCCAGGUCUCCAACUGGUUUGGAAACAAGCGGAUUCGCUACAAGAAGAACAUCGGGAAGUUCCAGGAAGAAGCCAACCUGUACGCCAUGAAGACGGCCCUGGGCGCCCAGCAGGGCGGCGACUCCCCCCCCACCUCCCCCGGGUCCGGCUCCUUCUCCCUGUCGGGGUCGGCCGACCUUUUCCUCGGGGUUCCGCCGGUGAACGGAGAACAGUCGGCCUACCAGCUGGGAGCUCAGGCGAAUGGCAGCUGGUCAGGAAGAGCCUCUCCGCCCGGCGGCUCGCCACACAGCGACCACUCAGACGACUCCGACUGAUGGCCCCGGCCCCGCCCACGGCCCCGCCCACCGGCUCCAGAUGACAGCGAGGGACAGAUUGACGGAGGACGAAGACAGAAAGAAUGAAUCGCUUCACCUUUUAUCUGGGUUUUGUUUUCUUCUGACUGGCAUCAUUCGUGCGUGCGUGCGUGCGUGCGUGCGUGCGUGCGUGCGUGCGUGCGUGCGUGCGUGCGUGCGUGCGUGUUUCUUAUUGGGGGUUGGUUUAUUUUCUGCUACUUUAUCAUGUUACUCGGCGUUUGACUGCGCCUCAUAUUCUCAUCAGUAAUCACAUUAGUUCUAGUGAAGCUUCUGGUGAAACGAGAGGAAACAGAGAAAACCAAAGACUGAGUGUGUGUUUCUCUGUGUGUGUGUGUGUGUGUGUGUGUGUGUGUGUGUGUGUUUUUCUACUGAGCUUCAGUCUCCCUGUAAACUGAAUGUGGUGUGUGUGUGUGUGUGUGUGUGUGGAACAUCUGUGUUCUCUCUACCUCUUUUAAUAAACACUCUGUACUGACAGCCAGCACAAUGA